CCUGUGUCUGAGGAGUUCCAGAAUGGCGAGGGCUUUGGCUACAUCGUGGCAUUCCGAGCCAAUGGUACGCGAGGCUGGAAGGAGAAGAUGGUGACAUCAGCAGAUUCCACUACAUACAAGUACAGAGACGAGACCUUCCCUCCCCUCACCCCCUUCGAAGUGAAAGUGGGCGUGUACAACAACAAGGGAGACGGACCCUUCAGUGGUGUGGUCACUGUGUACUCUGCAGAGGGAGAGCCCAGGGACGCCCCAUCUGAGGUGAAAGCUUCCAGCAUUUCCUCUAAGGAAAUUAAGGUCACUUGGAGACAGAUCAACCCUGGUCCUGGGAGACCACGGGGAUACGAGGUGAGCUACAGGAAGGACAGUGAGCAGGAGGAGUCAGGGAAGAAGAAGAAGACAGCGGGGAACGAGACGUCUAUGGUGCUGACAGGGUUGGAGGGGAACAGUGUGUACCUCAUCACAGUCAGAGGCUUCAACAGUAUCGGCCAGGGCCCUGCAUCGACCGCUAGCACCGCCAAGACCAGGAAAGACCCUCCAGUCCAGCCUCCAGCCAACCUCAUGUGGAUUCAGGAAGGAACUAACGUGUCUCUAAACUGGGAGCCGGUCAAGUCUAAAGACAACGAGUCAGAUGUCAUAGGAUACAAGGUGUUAUUGAGCCAAGAGGGGCGUGUCCACCAUCAGGUAAUGAGGACCAUCACCCCCUCGGCUGUCCUCUCUCUCCCUGAGGGGGGCACAUACAUCAUUGAGGUGCGGGCGGUGAGUGAGGGGGGAGAGGGAGCAACCAGCUCCCAGGUCAGAGUACUCACCUCUUCAGGUGUCCGAGCGAAGAGUGGCCAGUGUUCGGUUCACAGCCUGCUACCGUGGGGCCUGGCAUGGACUACUGCUCUGCUCCUCUCCGUUCCUCUGGUGCCUUCAGCUUCCUGGUGAGGCCUACACAGAGAGACCUCCUCCCUCGCUCCUCCAUCCCGCCAUCCUUCUUUACAUGGAGGGACCUCUUUCAUCCCUCCCUUCCUCAGACGGUCUGUUUUCUCUGACCUUAUCCAUAAGCCAACCAGGCCUGGGGCCUGCCGAGGACAUCCAUUUUUGACACCAACAAACCAAUGGAUGGUCAAAAAAGAACAUUCAUUUAUUUUAUUUAAGUAUACAUUUUUCAGGAGCUGAACAAAACAUUAUUUGUGAAAACAUGUUUAUUUUUGCACUUUUUUCCCAGCAUCACUUGUGUUGUACUGUAACUGUACAUUGUUGUCGAAAUACUUUUUGUUUAAUAAUUUAAGUGCGCCCCAAAUGGCACCCUAUUCCCUAUAUAGUCCCCUAUGGGCCUGGUCAAAAGUAGUGCACUAUGUAGGGAAUAGGGUGCCAUUUGGGAAGCAUGUUACUUUAACUUUAUGGGCCGUUGUUUUCUUACCUGUCGACUGGCCUCUAACUGCUUCCAGGCGGCCAAAGCCAUGAGGCUCUACAGAGUGUGAACAAUUCCCUGAAAGCUGCUGCUGAGGCAGUUUGGCUGUCUGGCUGUCUCUGUCCGACUGUCUGGCUGUCUGUAAGGCUGUAAUACUGGGAUCAGCCUGAUUCAGCCUCUCUUCUCAUUUAGUUAUCUGUAUCCAUGUAGUCCUUGGCAGCCUAACAAGCAGCAGCUCAGUAGAGAUCAGUGUUUCCUUAUUCAUACAGAGUGAAAGAAUAAACAUGUUUUAUAGUACCCGAGAAGUGUUACUACUUCCAGACUAGCUUUUUGUACAUUGUGUUACCUUUAGAAACAAAACAAGAAAGUGAGUGGUGUGUGUUCCAGCUUGGUCACGGUUUCUGUUUUUCUGAUAGCAAAGAGCAAUGCUUUUCAGCACGUGUUGGACUGCUGGAUGUAUCAGAGGUAAGGUGAGGCAGGUAAACCUGUCCGCACCUGUAGUGCCCAAACACAUCUUUAGACAAAGACUUGACAAGU